GAAAACUAGAAUGUCAAUUCGUACAGUGUACAGAAGUUUGACAGAAGAGAAUUUUUACCCCCAUCCCCACAGGGUUGUAUCGUUGAUUUCGUUGUUGUUGUUCAAGUGACGCUGCCUUCUAUAAUUACACAAGUGACCAUGGUUGAAUUAGGAAGGUUUGCUCACUUGCCCAAUAACAACGAAAUCAAAGAUACAUCCCUGUUGAGAUGGCGGCUCAAAUUCCCACUAGGCUAUCAAAUUUCUAGACACUUCCUGAUUGACAUUAUAGUUUUUAUUUGCAUCUUCAUGCAUAUCAGGCAUAAUAUCAAUAGAUUUAUGAUUAUAAACGUGUAAAUUAUAAAUUAAAACAAUUAAAAUGUGAAAAAAGGAAACAAAAUGUGAAAACAAAUUUAAAAUCUAAACCAAGCAUUUCACGUUCUAGUGGUAUUUAGAUACAACUCCGGAGCUGGACUAUUCUAUCAGCUGGGCAAGGGAGCCAACCUUCUUAAUUCAUCCAUGCUAGUGACUUUGCUUUAUAUAAAUUUGCCUAUCCAACUAGCACCUAGUACCCAUUCGUGGUUACCGAAUUUAUUUUAAUUUCUGUAAACAAAAAGGAAAAAAACAAAUACAAGAAUUUGUGAUAGGCGUAGAUUUAACUAAACCAAUGUCGCUAAUCAAGAAUUUAGUGAAAGAGCCUGAAAAAAAGGACAAUGAGAACGAUGAAGAAAAAAAGCCCCGGGCUAUAAUUAAGUCCGCUAUUGAUUUGCAAAGACUAAAACUUGAGAAGUUAAUGAAAAAUCCGGAAAAACCUGUUGUGAUACCAGAUCAAAGGAAAGAAAAGGAUUAUAUGCAAAGCGUUCCAUCAUUUGUGAGAAAUGUUAUGGGUUCCAGUGCUGGUGCAGGUUCUGGAGAGUUUCAUGUAUAUCGCCAUCUCCGUCGAAAAGAAUAUGCCCGGCAGAAGAUGAUACAGCAUAAAAGUGUUCAAGAGCAACUUGAUGACGAGUAUCAGCAAAAAAUCGAAGAAAACCGACGGCUUGCAGAAGAAAAAACUGCAAAAAAGAGAGCAAAACGUUUAAAGAAAAAACAGAAAGCAAAAAAGUCUAGACAACAGAAAUCAUUGCCCGAUUCUGCAAAAGCCACCGAAGAUGACUCAUCUAGUGACAGUAACGACGAUAAUGAAGACAAUGAUCAAUUACCUGAAGCAAAACCUCAAAGUUGUUCAAAAGUAAUUUCCUCCGAUAUACUCGAAAAUAAAGAGCUUAAAAAUAGCAACAAUACAAACGAUGAACAAGAGCAUGCUUCAGCGAAAGACGUAUCAAGUGAGAAAUCCAAAGAAGAGUCCUCCGAAACAUAAUUUCAUCAUACAAUUUUAUGGAUGUAAAUAUUUCAGUAAAUAAUAUUGUUGACGGCUUAACGAAAAAAGCAUUUUUCAUUGCAAAAAAUCUUGGAUAGUAAAUCUCGCCUCGAAAGACGAAUAAACGAAAAAUUAUUAAA